CCUGAAAGCAGCACCAGCUCUAAUGAGCGUGGUUGUUGCUCGUGAACGCACCUCGUAGCAUUUUCUCCAACAGAGGAGACGGAGGGGAAGCGCGAACCGAGCAAAAGAGACCCAGGAUGACGAGUUAUCAACUGAGCGCGAAGGAUGAGAUGGUGGAGAAGUUUCUGGAUGCUGCGGCAAGAGGAGAUUUGUCCCAGGUGUCCACCUUGCUGUCCCACGUGCCCUCACUCACCAACCAGACAGGAUACAGUGGCUGGACAGCGCUGAUGCUCGCAGCUCGUAAUGGACAUUACCAUGUGGUGGAGAACCUGCUGUCCCACGGUUGUGAUAAGUUCAUAGUAAACAGUUCAUCACAGACUGCCUACGAUAUUGCCAAGUUUUGGGGCCACAAACACAUCGCUGACUUGCUGGGCCAGACAGAUGAUGGCUGCCAGCGAGUCCUGCUGGGCUCCCACAUCAGUCCACAGGAAAACUACUUCAGCAGGGAGACGCUGGACCGCCUGAGUGGGAAGAGGACUGAUGAGGCCUGGCUGGAGGCCAAGCAGAGAAAGCCAGAUACAGUCUACCUCAUGUUCUCCAACCUCAGCCCCAUGGUCAGCACACCCCAGGAAGACAACAGUGCAGCGGUUGAGAGCAAACUGUGCCGGUUCACAUAUGAGACGGUUAAGGAUCUUCUACAGAAACCUGCCACUGUGCUCAUUUUCCUCGGAGUGGAGAAGAGGAAAAAUCCCUCCCCUUACUCCUCUGAGGAGGGCAUCCAGGAGACUCCUGCUUGGUUUGCUUUCAGCACAGAUGAAGAUGCUGCUGAACUUCUUAAACUGUGCACUGAAAGGAACUGCUCCUUCCCAAAGAUGCCCAACAGAGACCUGCUGAAACUCAACGAGGAAGAGGCCGGAAUUGUAGCUCAGGCUAGAUCGGUGUUGGCCUGGCACAGCCGCUACAGCUUCUGUCCGACAUGUGGGACCAGCACCAAACCGGAGGAGGGAGGACACAAGAGAAUCUGCCUGAACUCUGAAUGCAGGAGUCUAAAGGGGGUCCACAACACUUGCUAUCCACGAGUCGACCCAGUGGUCAUCAUGCUGGUGAUCCACCCAGAUGGAAACCAGUGUUUACUGGGAAGGAAGAAGAUCUUCCCAGCCAGGAUGUUUUCCUGUUUAGCAGGAUUUGUAGAGCCUGGGGAGACAUUCGAAGAUGCAGUGAGGAGGGAGGUGGAGGAGGAGAGCGGCGUGCAGGUCGGACCAGUUCAGUACAUCUCCUGCCAGCCCUGGCCGAUGCCGUCCAACCUCAUGAUUGGCUGUUUUGCUGUCGCCAUAUCGACCGACAUCAGAGUGGAUGAGAAUGAGAUAGAGGAAGCUCGGUGGUUCACACGGCAACAGGUGAUUGACUCCUUGUUCAGAGAAGCAUCUCCAGCGUUUAUCGCACCCCCGAGACAGACCAUCGCCCACCAGCUGAUCAGACACUGGAUUGGCAUGAACGCUAACCUCUAACAACACCUUCGUUGCUUCCUGUCUCAGGCAUCUAUACCUGCCUCGAUAAAUUCAUGUAAUCUAAUCUAGACCAAACUGCUGAUACAGUAAAAUAAUACACAACUCUGUGAACACAAGACUGUUGAUGCUGAUGAUUGAUGUUUCGAGGAAUCAAAAUAAACUUCACGUAUUAAACAA